AUGUCAUUCGCACAACAAAAGGAUCGAGUGCGAGUGGGUGAAAUGAAACGCAGAACUGCGAUAGCUGGCAAGAUGGAACUGCCGUUCGGCAGAUUUCAAGUUCAGUCGAUUCGUGGUUGGAACAAAGAGAUUUUUGACGCUUCUGAAGAGGCUUAUGCUGCCGACUGUCGAACUUGCAGACGUCGUCGAUCAAAAGAAGACUCAUUGAAUAAUCUUGAAAAGAAGACUGGGAAGUUAACGUUUCAUGCACGCAAUUUUCAGCGGAAAAGGAAGCCAUACGUGACAGUAUCAGAGCUUAUUGCAAAAACAGCGUUGUGGCUGGGUCGUAUGUCACUUGAUUAUCAAUACAUCCGUUAUGUGGUUGAUACCGAGAAGAAACUGCUCGUUGAAAGACUACCAAAAGUAUCACAAAUUCAUUCAUUUCUCUCAACAUUGGCAGCCAGCUGUUCGAUUUUGCUUUCUCUGAAUGGCACAAAGUCACCAAUGAGUGGAAAUGUUGGUGGUAUGGGUUUUGGCAAAGAAGUCUGUCUAGUGAAGCAUGCUCACGACAUUGUUAAGUAUAUGGAUGAAGUACACCGUCGUUGGCUUAGACUACCGAUACUGUGGCGUUUCAUAAACGCCUCAUCAUCCGUCUUUCUGUCACAUACGGCAAUUUUAUGCUACGUCGCAAUCAUCCUUCUGCAUGCUCAAGCUGCAUGCUUGUUAACAUUGCCAUUACCUCUGAUAGUGUUCUUCUGGGCUGCGCUCACACCACGACCAACACAUUCACUGUGGAUUUUCAUCAUUUUUUAUGUGCAAGUGAUAAUAAUAGUGAUGAUGAAUUUCAAGUACAGUUUCUUGCCGUGGACUUGUAGUCGUGGAAUGCAUUGCGCGGACUGGAAUAUGCGUCGAGCUGGUCGAUUCGUCGGAAUUGCCGAUGAACCCAUAUCGGUGUUGUUGUUUUGUGUGGUCGUGUUUGCACUCUUCACUCAUCGUUACUCGAUGCGGAGAGAUGGCUCGUGGUGGAGAUGUUAUACACGAAUUUUGCAACAACCAGACGACGAUGAGCCUUGUCGUUUGAUAUCGCUAAUGAAGUCAGUCUUCAAUCCACGUAAUCCACUGCCAAGUGAUUACUAUCCAUGGAUGGUUGUAUCACACUUUAUCGCGAUUGCUGUUUUGAUUCUUCGCUUCUCGGAUUUUGAUACGGCGAGACGAAAUGUUUUAUCGUUUGGUGGCGACUUGAAAUUGCCCGAUUAUUUUGUUGUUUUCUUCAUGGUUUCGAUUUGUGAGUUAAUCUUCGAUCGUAUUAUAUAUUUACGAAAGGCAAAAAGAUUGAAAUUCGUUUAUCUGAUCAUCGAAACACUUUGUACGCAUGCAUUUGUGAUUGCCGUUCUUGUCAUUAGACAGAAUGAUCCGGAAGAUUCUCUUCAUCACGGUAAUAUCGGUCUAUUUUUGUGGUACCUGGCAAGGUGUGUGCAUAUGCUGGCAUCGGCAUUUCAGAUUCGUGACGGUUAUCCGCAAUAUUUAUACGGACGCUCGAUGCGUAAAAGUAACCCCAUCAGCUGGCUAUUGUAUGUGAUGUGUUUCUUCGCAGUACCACUUUUUGAAGUGUCUGUUGUUAUCGAUUGGACUUUCACUGACACAUCGUUACCACUGUUCAAUUUCUAUACUCUCGAGACGGUUGAUUUUUAUCUUUAUUUCAUCAAUGGAUUACGAAAAUAUGAAUUGUUUUAUGCUAGAAAAAGAGGCGAAAAGACAACAGUAUGUGUGAAAGUGCUUUUAGGCGGUAGCAUUAUAGCUGGAUUUCUUUUCAUCCUCGUUUGCCUCCUCAUGUUCAUAUCUGAAAAUGUUUGUUUUUGUAUUUCUUCAUGUUUAAGUCAAGCAUUUGUUGCGAUAUAUUUGCCGAAAACAAUGGAUUUCUCAUUGAGACUAGCGGAUCAUCCGAUUCUCUAUCAAGCACAUUUAGAAGAACUGGAAACGAUCAAAGUGGAGGACUUCAAAACACUGAAGCAAUUCUUUAGUGACGACCACAGUUCGUUGGCACUUAUUGAGGCGUGUGGCAAAAGUUCAAUGCUUGAUGUGAAAUUACCGAAAGAAAGUGCCUUGUGGUAUGUGCAUCCACAUUGGGAAGGUGAACUGAAGCGAUUGUUGAGAAAUGAUAAACGUGAAUUGAAAUUGGUAUCGCGAUUGUCGUUGAAACGAAUGCAUGUUCGUGAACAACAUGGUGUGUGCGAGCAUUUGAUUCGUUUUCAUUUCUGA